UAAUUACCUUAUUGUUCUAAAAACAAUUCAAUUAUCUUUAACUACUUAUAACCGAAGAAGUGAACCUGCCGUGCAAUUGAAUGGCAUUAGAGCAUCAUGGGUUUUUUCCAUCUAUAUCAAACUACUUCCAACAGCAGCAGCAGCAGUGUAGUAGCAGUCGUCUACUCAGUCUCAAUUGGGAUCGGAAUAGGGGCAGUUGGACUCACCAUUUUCUAUCUACAGAAGAAAGUUAAGGAUUCUUGGAAGUAUGUUGGCACAGUUGAUCGCAUCUCAAUCUACCCAAUCAAAGGUCUCAAGGGUUUCCAGGUGGGGGGCCAGUCACCCUCAGGAGACCCCGAAACAGACACUGCCUGCACUGAUGUCAUGAUAACCCCAGCUGGGUUGAAAUGUGGCGAUCUGUAUGACAGGUGUUUCGUGUUGGGUUCUAAUAGUAACAAGAGGGGCAAGUUUGAAUUUGUGACUAUGAGGUCAAUUCCUAAACUAGUCCUGAUUGACGUCACCCCCACCGAUGAGUCAUUCUCCAGUGUCACUCUGUCGGCACCUGACAUGGACGACAUUGUUGUGCACUUCCCGAAACACACCAAUGAGAAAGUUGACCUUGAACUCUAUUCGUCCCCCUCUGUGGGCAUCAAGUGUGAAGAGAGUGUGAACAGGUGGUUCCAGUCAUACUUGCAGAGGGAGGAUGUCUAUCUAGUGUGUGCCAUGGACAACACGAAGGAGUCAGUCUGCACUAGGGAUCCAUCUAAAGAUCCCAAAAUUGGCAAGUACUCGCCUCCCGACAUGCGAGUGAUCUACAGUGACAGCACCCCUGUCAUGCUCACCACUACGGCUUCCCACGACGACAUCAACUCCAAACUCCGACUCAAAAACCGACCGCAGAUGUCAAUCGACUCGUGGAAGGCGAACUUAAUAGUCAAAACCGAGAACGAAUCGUUGGCUUUUUCCGAAGACGUUUGGGGUCAAGUUGCAUUAGGGGAUGAAGUGACCUUGGAAAGGGUCAGGCCAUGUCAUCGCUGUGCAGUUGUCAAGGUCGACCCGAAGACCGGGACACAUCGCAAGGACGAGGAGCCGCUUCGGACUCUGAGAACGUACAGAAUGAUUCCAGCAUUCAACAGCCCGAUUUUUGGAUCUCUGCUGCAUGUGUCAACUCCUGGUCGUGUCUGGGUUGGGAUGUCAGUUUACGCAGUGGAAGAAAAAUUCAGAGCAAUGGACUAGAGCAAACUCUUUUAAAUAUAGUUGUUAGAGAAAUGAGUUCUAAACUAAUCAAUUCAGCUUAUUUUUAAAUUAUUUUUCACACUACUCAAAAUGGAUGAUACCAGUUUUCUUAAAUUGGAGACAGAAUCAUCUUGAGAAUUGCGAGUGAAAUAAUUGGUCCGUUUUGCUCAUCUAGACUUUUAUACUCAGAUGGCGCUAUUUAAACAGGACUUAUUUACUCUAACCAUUCU